GAACGACCUACUUUUUUCAAAGAUGGUUUGAUUUUCAAGUGGUUUGUGAUAAUUGAUAAUUUAUUUGUAAGGCCUGCGUUAGGCCUGUUACUUUAGUAAAAUAACUUUACAGUUACAGGAAUUAUUACCGAAGACUUAACUUAAACUUAAAAUUAGAGAAUUUAUCACUUUGUUUGGUUCUGGUUGACUAAAUUUUUUUGGCGAUAAAAACACUUUGUUUACAAAUUAAAAGUACAAGUUUGUGUGGCAGACUAAGGAAGGUUUAAAAAAGGGGAAAACUCCGUUUUCUUCCUUUUUAUCCAGUGAGAUUUUAGCUCAGUUGUGUGUGACAGUUAGCUUACCUAUUUGAUGUUCUGAUGUAAAUGUAGGCUACCUGAUGUAUUAGUUAAAUUUUUUACUACAUUUAUUUAUUAACUAGCCUAGCCACUGCCUUCUUUAUAAUUAAAAUUAGCUUGGGUUAGCUUGGUUAUAUAUAUUUAAUUUUUGAAAUAGCUGAAUAAGGCACAAGCUAGGCAGCUAGGUCUAUUAAUUUUUUUAUUAACAUUCAGUUCAGGCCCGGGUAUAAUAAUAUUCUGGGCUUAUUACUUAUAGGCUUAUAGUUUAUAGGCUACUUAUUUGAUAUUAGUAUAGACAGUUUUAGUUAUAGUCUAAUAAUAUAAAUAUAAGUCAGUAUUUAUAAGUAUAGUUUAUAGUAGACUCAGAUUGAUAGUAGGCCUACGCCUACAGUCUUACAGUUAAAAAUAGGUCAGUCUAUUCUUCUACCUACUACAAUGAAUGUAAUUUAUGUAUUAUCUGUUGAAAUUUCAUUAAGAUUAAAGAUUAAAAAAAAAAUUAUUAAUAGGCUAGGCUAAUAAUUUUUUUGUUUGAAGUUAUUACUCUGGAGUGUCACCAGGAGUGAAAGCAGUAUGGUGACCUUGAAAAAUGACAAUCUUCAAUAUAAAAGAAAAUAUAAAAAUGUCAGAUAAUAAGGUUGAAAAAAGCCAAGUGGGUAAACCUAUUUUGAGACAUCUGCGUCGAAGUAAAACGAUCAAUGUUUCCCACUUUGGAGGUAAUGACGGCAAAGCAAACAAUGAAGGUAAGUUUUCAGGCAUAUCAACAUUUAGACCUGUACUUAAGCCUCAUUAACAAUCUUAGAUGUGUAAAUUUUCCGUGCUUCUAUAAGCUAAAUAAAGAACAGGUUUUGAUUUAAAGAAAAAGACUUAUUCUUUUUGAAAUCUUUUUUUUAAUAUAAAAAGUGUACGAUCUCAAUACACUCACACUGGUCGUCAUACAAAAAUUGCUUUUAAAGAAUGUAGACCAGUAAAAAUACCCCCCGACCACUUUUUUUUGUGUCUAGCCACUUUAGAUCUUGCUUGUUAAUUUCAUGUCACUGUAAGCUGCAGAGUUAAAUUGGCCGUCAACAGUAGAUGGCUGACAUUUUCUUUGAAUAUUCAGUUUAUAUUUAGUACAUGAUUUUUACUAAUUGUUAUAUUACUUAUAGAGUGCAUGUUAGAAAAGCAAUUUCAUUUCAGAAAAAAAUAAUUGCAGAAAAAACUAUGUUUGAUAGAUCACUUGUACAUGUGAUGAAAAGGGGCAUAACAUUUGAUAUUAUGAUGCUAUGUCGUGACAUCAUUUGUGUGUUCAUGCGAUGGAAAAGGUUUAUUCCUCAUAUCAUGGCUUCAUGACUCUGAGCUAUCAAAUGUUUUGGAGGUCUUAAGUCUCACCAGUGUACUGCAAUAAUAAAGGAUACAUUAAUAAUGAUCAUACAGCUAGUGAGACUCGAGAUAUGCAGGAAGAAUUUUCAUUCAUGUGCUGUCUUCAAAUCAAUUAGAAGAAAUAUUGACCAGAAGCUUGGUUCCCUAGCCCCUGGCUGUGUAUAGCCACCAUGGAAGGUUAUAAUAAAACUUAUGAGAUAUGUAUGUAUUUAUUCAUUUAUCUUCUUUUGUAGAAAUGUUAGACUUCUAUUGUAGAGCUGCAUGUCAAUUAUAAUUAUAAUACCAUGUCCUCACCAUUAUUGUGUCCUUUUCUCAACUUAGUGUCAUUCACAAAUGAGACAACAGGGAAGAGGUCUCCAUCUCCUGCCCCCCAACCAACAUCAUCAUGUCAGGCUUUAAGACAUGCAGUUUCGGCCCUGACAAGGAUUGAUGAUUUCAUUCUGGAAGAACUUGGAGAUGGCUUCUUCGCUAACGUUUAUAAGGUAAACGUUUGGCCUUUCCCCAAAAAAACUUCUUCUCACCCCCACCCCUCAAGUUGACUCCACAAACCCAAACCACUUUCUGCACCCCUCACGCCUAUGGUCCCACAUUAUUCCCCACCUCUUUUCCCUAACCCUUACAAACUCCAGCCUCCUUAGUAAUUUAGUUCACAUGUUUAAUAUUAUUAAUGUGAACUUCCAUUUAAUGAAAGCUAUUAUAUCUAAAAUUCGCACUCUUAUGUUCCAAAAUCAAGCCAAAUUGUAUGUCUGAUGUACCUGUUUGUGAUUAAAUUGUAUAUAUUUAAAAAUAUGGUCUAGUAAGAAUUAAAAUGGAGACCAUACUGUCAAUUUAACACAGUUAGUUUUCUUGAACAGGAGGACUUAGCAUUGUGUUAGAUAGAUGGAUUGCCAGCUAUUUCAAUCUGGCCUUUGUGAAAGCCCCCAUGCAUUUUUUAUUGGGUAUGAAAUGGGCUGCUGAAAGGACAUUUUAUGAAAAUAAAAAAUGAAUCUUACUUCUAAAAGCUUCUCUUGCAUAAUACACACUUCUUUUAAUGAAUGAAUAAAUAUACUUAUAUAAUAGAAACAAAAGUAUAUAUCUUUCCUCCUUAAGAAUUUUAGCUGAUCAAUUAAUUUUCACUGCUACGAUAUAAAAUAAAAUUUUCACAAGGUGUGCAUUUAUUAACAUGACAUUUUCCCAAUUAAAAAAAUCAUUAAAGUAGGAAAACCAUGAUUAAGUUAGAAGUAAAAUAUAGUUUUAACAAAAUAAAAAAAAAAAAAUCUAUUUAAUUUGGAAAAAAAAUCUCUUGAAGAUUGCAAAUUAGUUUAAACAGAAAACAUUAUGGGCUAAAAGUUGAUAAUAUGCAUUAGUAUGUUCUAUAAGUUUCAGUAUGGUAGUUCCCAUAUCUGUUUGGUCCAUGGGAAAUAACAAUGUCACUGGAUUAUAAAUAAAAAGUAACCACAAUUAAUUUGAGAUCCCAUGUACAUAAACAAACCCCUAACACUUAACACUUGACCACUUGCCAGCCUGUUAAUUAUAGAGAGAGAAACAUACUUGUGAUGGUCAUGUCACAACUUAUCACUGCUGAAGUGCUUUGUCGCAGUACUUAAAAAUAGAAAUAUAUAUAUAUAAAUACAUAAGAGGAAACAGUUUGAUUCAUUUUAAAGCCAGCUGUUUGAUAUAUAUUAAGUGGGUCAACAGGAAGAUAUAAUUAAAUUGGUAUGGACAGUUGUUGUUUUAUGCUUUUUCUCCCAGCUACUGUUUUUUGAAGCUUAUAUGUAAGGUGUAAAGCAUUUGAUUUUAAUGAAUGCCAUCUAAAAGAAUCUAAUGCCAUAAUUGCAAGACAAAUACAAUUUACAAAAUUGAUAGAAUGGAGGUCAUUGGUAACAAAAAUAUUGUCUGAUGACUUUUUUUACUUCUACAGUGGCUUUCUUUUAAAAUGUCAAAACAUAUUAAUCUCUAAUUAUAUAGUUUGUCAUUGAAAAUCGAACAUGACCACCUCAAUCAUCAUAUAUUUCCUAAUUCUGAACUUUGCUGUGGAUGCGCAAAUGGCUGAUGCGACCGAUUCUGGCACAAAAUUUUUUUGUGCAGUAAUUGUAGUGUGCUGAUGGGACAUCUCAAGAGGCAGAGUUAACUCAUGCUUUUUUGGCAUGUCUAUUGUUCUCUGCAGCCACUUUUCUGUUGGCUUCAUGUUGUAUGGAGCCUUUGUGUUUAGAGGAAUGCCAUGAUGCUCGAUCCUUUGCAGAUUCUUUCCAUUUGUCUGAGUUCUAUAUUGAACUCUGUGAUGCUUUUAGGUUGUCUUUAAAGCGUUUCUUUUGUCCACCAGCAAACUGCCUUCCAUGUUAAAACUCACUAUAGAAUAUUCUUUUGGGCAUUCUCAAAAAAUGUUCCAUCCAUCCAAGCUGGUAAAGAUGCUUAGGAUACCUGCCUGUGCAAGUACCUCAGUGUCUGGGACCCUGUCCUACCGUUUGAUAUUGAGGAUUUUUCGGAGGCUUGUCGAAUGAAAGUGUUUUAACAUUCUUGCAUGGUGUUGAUAGAUUGUACACAUUUCACAAUUGUAGGGUGCAAAGCCUCUUUGUAUAGUUUCAUUUUAGUUUGAGUGCUGAUUCCUUGCCUGGUAUAUACAUUCUUAGACAAUUUGCCAUAGGUUACACUGGAUUUUGCAAUACGAAGGUUAACCUCCUCAUCAAUGGUUGCACUUUGGGACACUGUGCUGCCAAGGUAUAAAAAGCUAUUUACCAACUUAAGGACUUCGAUAAGCUGGCUAGUAUAGGAAUUCAAUCUUUUUUGUGUAAAUGGUGAGACCGAAGUUUGUACAGACAUCAGGGAAAUUAGUAGCACUGCGUUAGAUAUCCGCUUCAGAUCUAUCAUACAGGGCACAAUUGUUGGCAUACAGUAUGUCCCUGAUGAUGUCUGUCAGGACCUUGGAUUUGUAUGGAGCCUCUAGAAGUUGAAUAGUUUACUAUCAGUUCAAUAUCUGAGACCAAUUCCAAUGUCUCCCUCUCUGAAGCCAUCAGUCGGCACGGUGGAAAACAUCAGGCUGAAAAGUAUUGGUGCCAGGACACAACCUUGUUUAAUUGCAUUUGUCACAGAGAAUGGUUUAGAUGUCUCCCUAUUUUCCUGAACCCUAGCCUGCAUACCAUCAUGGAAUGGCUGUGCCAUUGAAAUGAAAUUUCCGGGGCAUCCAUAUUUGGCCAUGAUCUUUCUAAGACCCUCUAUUAACCGUAUCAAAGCCUUGGUGAGUUCUACGUAGGUGGAGAAAAGGUCAACAUUCUUUUCCUGUAACUGUCUGGCUGCAAACAUCAUAUCAAUAGUUUUGCGUUCCUUACGAAAACCAAAUGAACUUUCUGGCCAGGGAUUCUUCUCAAGAUGCAUGUAAAGAUGGUUAAGCGAGAUUAUAGCAAGUAUCUUGCCUGCAUUUGAGAGCAAUUACAUGCCACUGCAGUUGUUGCAAGAUUGAUGGUUCCCUUAACACUUGCACAGGUGAACAGGAUAUGCAUCCUUGAAAUUGAAUGAGCCAGAAUGAUCAACAAAUUGAUCGUGGGCCCCUCUAAUAUAAGAAGAAGAAUUCCCAGGAGUUAUCUCUUGCUGCUGCAUAAGUAGGAACACCUGGUGAAGCCUUUCAGUCAGAGCUGUGCCCCGUACUUUGUAAAUUUCAGCUAAGGAUCGAGUCAUCACCUGGAGCUUUUCCAAUCGAGAGGAGACGUCUAUCUUGUUGGGUCUCGGUUAGAGUGGGGGUGGUCUUCCAUUUCUUGACCGAGUGGCACCUGCGAGAAAAGCUUUAUGGCUUCAUCAUUGAUGGAUCAAGGUCAAUUUAGGAAGUUAAAAUGUUAAGCCCAGUUUUUUAUCGUUUUUUUUCUUGUCAGUGAUCAGAGAUUUCUCAUCUUGGAGAUUUCCCCACUUAGAAGUGGGGAUGAUCCUAAUGAAGUGGGGCCAUACAUUCCUAGAACCCAAUCUCAAGCGGUAUGAUUGCAGCACACUUGAGCACUGAAGUCACCAAGAAUUAUGAGCUUGUCCUGCCUUGGACUACAAGAUCCUUGUAGAACUUGGCCUUUAUUUGAUCUGGGUUUGUCAUUUCGGAGAAUUAGCAGCUGUUGAUGGUGAGGUGUUUCCUUCCAUAUACGAGAGGGAGUUUAAUUGUCAUUAUCAUUGACGGGAUACCGGCAAGCAUGUCACUCUCUAAUCUUUCUUCUUCUUCUUCUAUAUAUUAAGCGCCCAAGAUCAAUUUAUUGAUCAUUUUGGCUCCUAUGCAUGUAGAGGGGUUUUGCAAUGUUUUAUGCCUUGUGUUGAUGAGGACAUUUCACUGAUUUCCAGUGCCACUUUGUGAGGGAAUCAGGCACUGGGGGUUUGAAGGCUUGAGGCAAUAGACACAAAUGAGUCUAGUGUUGUCGCCUCAACUGUUCCUUUUGAAAGCUUGUUCCAGUCCCUGAUUGUCUUGGGCAGGAAUGAGCAGCUCCUAUACUGUCUUCUUGCUGUAAUCAUGUGAUUUAAUUUUAUAAUUUUGUACCAGGUGUUAACUGUUAAGUGAUCUCAAAUAGAGCUAAAUGUUCCUGAAUGACUUGGGUGUAGUCUUGUAACAAGGAUGAAGUCUUUGGUACCGGUAUGUUAAACUAUAACUGAGCUUCGUAAUGAAAGUAGUUUUUUAAAGAAAAAAAGAGUUCCUGUUUCGGUCUGAAAAGGUUGAGGUCGCAUCACACAGUUGACCUUGGGAAAUGUUUUAUUGGAUGACUCUGUUUCAAAGAAAAUUGAUGUUGCUAUGAAACUUAACUAGAUAGAUUUGUUUCUGGAGGUUACAAUAAAAUAUCAGUCUGUUUGGAAGGCCUUGUUGAUGUGGCCCCCGUUCACCUCCGCUUCGGUGGUCACAACAUUGGCCGGAGGUGGGGGCAGCUGAGUUGAAAUGGAGUCACCGUAUACAGUUUGAGUUGUGUCUGCCUGGGCAAUAUGUGGAACCUGGUUAGCCUCCGUGCCCUGUGAAAUGGCGUAGAUUAUAUGCUGCAUCUGUUGUUCCUGGCCAACACUGCCCAUCACCUGCUGUGGCAGAUAAACAGGGGCCUGCUGACUAGCUGAUUGGGUAGCCAUGGCCACAGCCAAUGCCUGCAUGAUGUCCUUGACCAGUGCUGAGUUGUCUUGCUGAGCUGGCUGACUGGCUUCUUUCUUCAAUUUGUCCUUGAUGCUCUUCAUUCGGAUGCCUGUACGGCGGGCCGGCUCCCCCGGGCUCUUCAACGAUUAUUUGACAGUAUAGGAAUAAUUAAAUGCAAAUUAAUAUGCAAACGUGUCCAGGGUCUUUUUAAUGAAUUGAAAUCUGUAUCCAAUUCAAUUAGCCCAAAUUCAGUCUGAAAAUAAGAAAAUUUGUCUGUAACUUUAACAUACAAAUCUAAAAAGCACCAAUACUGUUUACAAAGUAUUGUUUAAUCACAUCACUUGGCUAGCUUAAAAUAGACAAGAGAUGUUACUCAACAUUUAAUUUUUUUAUAACAGCCAGAAAAUAAUGACUGUCCCUCAUUAUAAUCCAGAGUCAUAUAUCUUGAGGCUAACUUGCAUAAUUUGAGGCAUAGUUGUAAGAUAUAUUAUCAGAGUCUAUAGCUUCAAGAAGUCACUAUGGAGCAGAGGAGAUGAAACCCUUAUAUGACUUCCAUUAAAUUUGACUAAUUUUUUUUUCAAUGUCCAACCACCAGGCAACCCACAGAGUGACCAAUGAGGAGAUGGUGAUGAAAAUCAAUAAAGACUUGGCCAACCGCCCCAGUGCCCUGCGUGAGGUCCAACUUAUGAACAGAUUGUCUCAUCCUAACAUUUUAAGGUAUCAUGUUAUAUUGAUUGAUGGGAUAUUUAUAUAGCGCUGGUAUCCAUGCUACUUUAGCGUGCUCACUGCGCUCUGGUGUUCUUAAAUCUUUUUAAACAAAAAAGUCUUUAAAUGUUUCUUAAAUGAUUUUGUCAUUUUCUAAUCGCCUCAAAUAUUGAGUCAAACUGUUCCAGAAUUUAGGCGCUGUUGCUUCAAAAGAGUGCACUCCUUAAGACUUUUUUUUACUGUGUUCAUCCACACUAGGAAUUUUCAGUAAAGACUGUGUUGAAGACUGCAGGUUCUGGAUACAUUUUUAUAAAUCAGUUCAUAUGGAAGCCUGUGGUAAACUCUAAUUUUUUAGCUAAAACCAGUGUGGUAAUUAACUGGGAUUUCAACAAGAUGUACACAAAAUAAAUUUAACCCAUCUGCCAACUGCUGUCUCUCUGUAGUCUUCAAUUUCCCAUACAGCAAUAUGUGUCCGAUUGCUGUUAGCUGCCUCACAAUGUUGUUAUCCUAUUAAUUUACCUUCCCCACCCAUUUAUGCAUUCUAAGUGAAGAAACUGCAUAAUUUUGAAUGCACUGUCCAGAUUCUUGUGGGGUGUUUAUCAUUGCCCCUAUCGCCACAAGAAAUUGAGAGUCUACCUGGCAUAUCUGUUAUUUUCUAGUAAACUGUGAGGCUGGAGUUUAUUGCUCUUUGCUCGUCCAGUUGAAUAAGUUGUUAUUGUCAUUCUGACAGUUAGUUCUGGAUGUUUCAAUUAACAACUUAACUAACACCCAAUAGAUUAUGGAUUCUGAAAUCACUGAUAAGAAAUAAUGAGUAGCAAAAAAUUAAAGAGAAAGGAUACUUGCAGUUUUGAAAAAAAAAUUUGUUGACAGAGUUCAUGUGUACAUAAAAAGGCAUAUGAGAGCAUUAACAUCCCUUCAGCUCAUUUGUUAUCCUAACUGUUGUACAAUUUAUAUGUUUUAUACCUGGCCUUUAUUUGUUUUUACAGAUUCCUUGGCGUCUGUGUCCAUGAAGGGCAGUUGCAUGCUUUGACUGAAGUAAGCUCUGCAUCACCUUAUUGAAUUGAUUAUUGUGCUGGUUUUAGCCGAAACAUUCUUCUUUUAUUGCCCUGUCUUUGUUCAAGCUUCCACAUACGUUGCUAUUUCUUAUGAUGCAAUGUUUGAAUUAGUCCUUGAGUGUCCUCAGCUAUGAUUAAAUAGCCGGGUGAAUGAACUCGCAGAAUGUGUCAUUUGUAGGAGGUAAACCAUGGAUAAAAAAUAACAAGGGCACUCAAAAGAUUUGGCAUGGGUUAAAUAAAUUGGCUGUCUAUGCUAGGCCUAAACACAUACGGAAACAUAAAGAUGCAUGUCAAAUGAAAGAAAUAUGGAGUUUCUUAUGUGGUUAGAAAGAUGAGUAAAAUCCAUCAUUAAUGCAAAGAAUUUAGAAUUGAUAAAAUAUAGAAAACCAGGAUAUCAAACAGUCUUUUAAAUAUUAUUACAUUUGAAAAGAAAAGUCUCUACUUAAACUGAGUUAAAAAUUAAAAAUAUAUCAUCUGUUGCACAAUCAUCCUCUCCACUCCAUUCAGUAAAUAAUUUAAAAAAGAUGGAAUAAUUGGAAACUUAAUUGAGGAAUAUUGUCACAAAAAGAUGCAAACAUUUUUUAUUUUAUGUUGGAACGUACACAAAAAAUCUUUUGCUGACUGCAGAUUUGAAGUUGAUACUGUAAUGGGCUUGACGGUUCAUAUAUUAAUUAUUGAACACAGAGUUGAAAUAAUUCUACUUGUUAUACUUUACUAGUACAUCAGCGGCGGAACGCUGGAAGGGCUGUUGGCCAAGAAGGAUGAAGAACUACCAUGGAUUCUGAGGAUUAAACUAUCACUGGACAUUGCCAAAGGCAUGCACUAUCUCCACUUGGAGGGUGUGUUCCACAGAGAUCUCACAUCAAAGGUGAGUUUAUUAUAAUUUAACAUUACAUUAAGCAGACCUGGUUACUCUUACAAUUUUGAUGUACAAUUUUUGAGAUGCUUUUUAUGAUUGUUCGACUAGACCUGUAUAUUUUCUUGUUUUCUUGUAUUUUCUUGUAGUUUUUAUCAUUAAAAAUUUGGUGUGCAUGGGAGGGGUAAGGGAUAGGUGUCAAAAUAUUUUUUAAGGCUAUAAAAAAAGUCCGUCACUUUUCAUGAUGAUCGUUGUGUUUUCACAAUGAACUCGCUAAAUACUGCUACAGUGAUAUUUAGUGUCUUAAUGACAAAAUUAGUCAACAUUGGCUUUUGUUUGCUUCGGAGCUGUAUGAUGUAAGUUUGUGACAUAAUUAUUUCAUUCUUCAGCUGAACUGUGAUUGCGAAAAUGAAGAAAUCUAAAUAUUUUUCAUUUUUAUUAUUACAUUCUCAACUGCUCCACACAGCAGCAUUAGAUUUAAAAUAUUUUAUAAGAUCCAAUAAGCGGUAUUUGAAAACUAUUUUUGGAAGUCAUUAAGCAGCUGUACAAUUUUAAUACUUGUUUCAAAUAUUCCUCUUCUCCCAAUACAGCUUGCUGUUGUUAUUUGACUAUAAUAUGUUGACGGAAAAUAAAAUCAGUUUUGAAGGCUUAAUGCUGGGGUGGCCAACCCGCAUCCCGCCAUGUUUAAUAUCAUGGCUUGCUGGAUGUAGCACAAAUGAACUUAUUUCUUCAUCCAAUUAGUGAUUAUUUUCAUUCUUGACAUUAACACACAUUUAAGAUAUGUUUUGUUUUUUUAUUGUACGGGCCAUUUUGGGGUACCCUUUCCUAUAAAAAUCCUACAACAUUUUUACUAUUUAGUAACUACUAAAAUAAAAAUGAUGUAUAUAAACACAGCUAGGUAGAGGGAACCUAAUUUUUCAUAAGCAUUAUGAUGAAAUGUAGAAUGAUGCGAAACUAUAUUCAGGUAUAUGCGAAAGUGCAUCCCUGCAUUUUGAAUUUAAAAAAAGAAUUCUGGGGAGGGGGCUUUUUUAGCCAUGCGAUGCCAAUAGUUAUUUUUUACAUUAAAAUUUAUGUAUAUUUCUUUACUAUUACAAUAUGGUAUUGUUUGAUUUUGAAAUGGUAAAGUAGUAUUCUUAAACAAUAUUGUACUAUUUUGUAAGUUCAGGAUAGCCAGGUCAACAUUAAGUUUUACUAUCCCCUUAUUUAACAUUUUAACAAUAAUGCAUGAGAAAAAAAAAGUAAAAAGUUAAGGGUAUUAUUUACAAAGGCUUAAAGAACAACAGGUAAUAUUAUUAUUAUUAUUAUUACUGUGGUCUUAAAUAGUGGUCUAUGUGAAAAAGAAUAGGAUCAUUGCAUAGGAAAAAGAAAUAAAUGAAUAAAAGCCUACUACAGAGUUCAGAACAAAGUCCCCAAAAAAUAAGGAUGUAUUACUUAGCUCUGCUGGAACUUCAGAAUAUAAUUGUUACUUGAGGCUAGGUGAUUGUAGUCGGAAUAUACUUUUUGAAGCCUAUUUUACCUUCAUGAUUAACGAUUUAGUUUUCAGUAUUUUUAUUUUAGUUUUUCUUCCCUUCAAAUUGUUUGUUAAUUUUUCUUGUUGGUCAUCUUGCCAUAAAUUUUUGCAGUCUCUCCAGUUCAUAUCUUUGUUUAGAUAUUUCUAUUGACUCUCCUGGUACCCAAAACAGUAAAUUUAUCUCCUUUCCAGAACGUACUCAUCAAAAAAGGGGAGAACAGAAAUUAUCAGGCAGUCAUUGCAGACUUUGGAUUGGCCACAAAAAUUCCAGACCCAAGGUAACCUCAGAUUUAUAUUAAAAGAAUUACUAGCAGAAAAUAGUAGGUAAAUUUUAGAAAGUUCAUUGAAACUAAUGCUUUUUAGAUAUUUGAAUUAUUUUGUAAAGAUUUUGAACACGCAUGAAAGCCUGAAAAACAACUAAACCAGCAUAUCUCAAUUGGACGUCCUCUGAAGUCUACUUAUGUGCACUGAAAACUCCCAAUAUGAAGUUGCUUUGUUUAUUGAGUUUGUGAUACAAAACUUAACUUAAAAAUAUGCAAUCAAGGUUAUUGUGCAGUAGAGAUUUUGAGAAAUGUAUAUCGUGCUCUUUUGAUUAAAAAAGGGUUUUGAGUGUGUACAAAAGUUUUAAAAAACAAAUCUUUAAAAUGUUAAGAUUUCAAGUUUUCCAUUAUAAUAACUGGCUAAUUUAUAAUAAAAAUAGUUUUGAGGGCAAACUUGUGGGUGUUCUAUGUUAAAAUCCUGAAAUCCUUUCCAUCAUAAUUUUUUUUUCGUAAAAGAUAGCUAGGCAGAAACAGGUUAGGGACCAGAUGGAUAUGAGGUGAGAGUAGGGUAGGGGUAAUCUCACUGAGGAUUUAUAACUGAUACAUUAUCACUGAGGGAGAUUGUUCCUAGACAGCUGUAUGUCAACGGUAUUUGGCAAAUUAGUACUUGUAGGAACACACAAAAUCAUUACUCUAGGGUGUCCACCAGCACCACAGGAAGGCAAAGGGAGUGGACUAAUGUCAUAAAUGCACUGUUCUAGCCUAUUAAGAAUUUCAGACCGCCACACCCCAUCAUUUCUUUCCACUGCCUUAGGGGCUGUUUGAGUCCUGCCAGGGUGAAUAAGUUGGAGAGGGAAUGGCUGGAUGAGCAAGUAGGCUAUGGUGACCUUCAGUUGAUUAGAUUUGUGUUGAAGUUCUCUCUGACUUAAAAGUUAAUCUGAAAAAGAAUAUUAAUUUUCACUAUUUGACCUAUCCUACCGUAGCAAUAAAGAGCCCCGUGAUGUUGGAGGAGAUGAUUGGUGUUAUGACUGUUAUUAUGUUUGUCUUUACAGAUCAUUGGAACCACUGCCUUCUGUUGGCUGCCCUUGGUGGAUGGCACCAGAAGUGAUUCAUGGGAAAUUUUAUGAUCAGAGGGUAUGCUUGUUUUAUAGUCCAUUCUUAUUAAUGCUGAAAUAUUGUAUGAUAUGUUUACUGGACAAGAUGUUUUUAAGUUACAGCUUUCAAAUACAUUCAUAGAGACUCUCAUUUAAGGUCAAACAUGUGGCCUGUAUAAAGACGAACAUUUAUAAGAAGAUCAGAUCUUGCGCAUGUGCCUUUUAACCAUCAAUUAUAAAAAAAAAUUAACACUGUGACAGAUGUCAAAACCCUGAAAAUAACAUAUGUUAUACAUCAUUAUAUCCUGGUUGUAAUCUUUGUCUCGAACUGUCAAUGGUUGUGCACAGCUGCCUUAAAUAGUAAUUUAAUUUCAGCAUAUUUCACUCUGCAAUAAAAUUUUAACGCAGAUUUUGAUGUGCACUGAUGAUUUAUAAAUUAAUAAAAUACAUAGCAAUUAUUGUUCGACAUCUCAAUGAUGCUUUGUUAUUGUUUACAAUUUUACAGGCUGAUCUUUUUUCCUAUGGUAUUAUUCUUCUUGAGAUCACAGCACGCAUAGAAGCUGAUCCUGAGCAGAUGCCCCGUACCUCAGUAAGUUGUUAAAGAAUAUUAAAAUUAAAUUAUAAUUAGUCUGUGAAGACUUUAAAAAAAUUGAAUUAAUCUAGAUUUUUGUACUGGUUUUAAAUUCAGAUUAAUAAAAGUAAAAAUUAUACAAAGUCUGAACUUUGUAAUGCAAUGAUUUUUCCCAGCUUGAUUCGUAGUUUUCCCAGUAGCUUUAAUUCUUUUUCUGAUAGAUCCCAUCACUUUGUACUGUAUAAUUUUGCACCUUGAUGACUCAUUAUAUCUUUGUUUGGGAUAGAACUGGCAAGAAAUAUUUGAACUGAGGACAUUUCAAAUAUAAUUUAUUGACAUAAAUUGCGUGUGAUAUUAUAUAAACUAAUAAUUAAGUAGUCCCCUAAGAGAAAAGCUGAUAUUUUUCUUGAACUUCAUAUUUAAAUUGUUCCCAAGAAAUAAAUUAAAUAAAAUCUUCGUUUGGUCUUUUAUAUUAUUAAUACAUAGUUCUAAAUUAAUGUUGUAGUUGAAGUUGGAUAAAAUUUAAUAAUAAAUAUGUAUUCUCUAUAUAAUGAAUUCCUUCAAGUGAAUGUAAUAUUGUUAUGUCUUGGUUGCAUAGAUUAACUUUGAAACAUUAACUUUAAGCAUUGAAACGUUAACUUCAAACGUUGACUUGUUUUAGAAAUUUGGUGUGGACUAUAAUAAAUUCUGUGAAAUGGUGGACUACUGCCCUUUGGAUUUUCUACAACUUGCUUUUAAAUGUUGCCAGGUGAGUACAGCAGCAUAUGACAUUGAAAAGAUCAUUAAAAAACAACAACUUGUUACCACGCUUCAGGUUUAUUGCAUUAAUCCAUUCAACCCAAAACAGACACAUCUUGGCAGGUACUGAUUCAACCCCGUGAUAGCCAAAUCUGACUGGCUUAAACAGUGUGUACACCAGAAAUCUGGUUAUAAAAAUAAAUGUCUAUCAGGAUGUGAAAACAAGGGAGAUUACUGUUAUUUUGGGGUCUUCUUAUUGAAGGGGCCAAGAUUAAUUUUUUUAUGGCUAUGAUCAUGAAUAUUUGAGUAUUUUGUCAUUGAUUGACAUUAAAGUACUUAUGCAACAAAUCUAUGGAAGAACAAUGUGUUAUAAAACAUAAAACAACCAGUUAUAAAUGCAAUUCACUUUAUUACCUAUAAAUCAUAUCACAAAUUAGAUUUGUUUGAAAUUCUUUUGAAAUUCUUUUUAUCACCCAUUUACGGUAAAUGGAGAGCUCUUCCUCUUUGACUGAGAUUUUAAUGAUUAAUAUUUUUGAACUGCUGGGGUUGAAUGAGUUAAUACUUGUGAAUCAUAAAAAUAUUUUAAGAGAAAUAACAGGGAUCAAAAGAAGCUUCAAAAAAAAAAUUAUUAACUUGGACACUACUGAAGGUGGACGUUAUGAUUUUAAAAAAAACAAUGUCACAUAACAUUUAUUUUAACCAUUGCUACUUUUGUGACAUGUAACAUCACUCCUUGACACAACGACUGGUUACACCUUUUUUAAUUUUUAUUUUAGCAAGUGCACAUGCUCUUCAUGAAUUUUACUUUGCUUUGAACAUCUUGAGUCAUUGUUUCUAUUUUAAAUAUCAUUCUGAAGCUCUUUACCUUUGUCAUGAAUGUUUCUCUCAUCCACUGUGUAUCAUUAUUGUUUAAUUUUUAAAAAGGUGGAUAACACAGAGUAGGGGAGACUAAUUUUUUUUAUCCCUGUUAGUGGCGCAGCAAUGCCUCUGUAUAGAAAUUAUAUAGUCGCAUUAAUGAGGCUAAUCACUUUCUGAAGAUACCAGAUGUUCUUUAUUUUAUUUUAGUAAUACAUUUUGAAUGACAAGUACAAUGAGCUUUUUCAUGAGGCAUCAGUGAAUAGUUCAUUGAGAGUUUUUGUCUUUAUUGAAGUAUUUAUCUUUAAAGCAAUGUGUUCUUCGCAAGCGCAAAUUUGACCAUGCUGAAACACUUCUGAGAGGGCUGCUGGUCCACGCUCGCAUAGGGUACAAAAUUGCAACUUUGUGCUACCGCUGCUUACAUGACCUGAUGCCGUCUUAUCUCAAAGCACUCAUGACGCCUUAUGUAGCCACUAGACAGCUCCGCUCAUCCGAUAGUGGCAAAAUAUCGAUACCGUGUGUUCGCCUUGAGACUUACGGAAAGCGCACUUUUGCAUUUGCCGGCCAAACAAUUUGGAACGCCCUUCCAGUCGCUCUCAGAAAUAGCCAGACACUGGAGUCCUUUAAAACCGAUUUAAAAAUACAUCUAUUUCGCAAACACCUUCUGGGGUGAUGCUAUCUACCAUCUUUUUUCAGUUUAUGUAUAUUGGCUUGUGUUGCUUAUGGUUGAAAUGGGAUGAAAGACUUUGACUUGGUAUGCUCGUAUGUAGUUUUAUAUUGUUGCAGUUGUUUUUUUAAAUGUGGUGAAUUUUAGAUUGUUUUUAUUUCUCUUUUUAAUGUGGUUGACUUUUUACCGGACUUCGAGCUUUUGGGGAUGAAGCGUGUUUUUCAAAUAAACUUUAUUAUUAUUAUUAUUAAUACAAAGAAUACCUAGUAUUUAGUCUUGCACAAUAUUGAUGAAACUAAAUGUCAUUUUUUGGACUUCCAGUUUAUCUUUCGGGUACCUGAUCAACAGUUAAUUCAGUGCAUGGCACACAAAUAUUUUUUCUUUAUCCCCAGAUUUUACCUGACCUUCGACCUAGCCCAACCAUCAUAAUCAGCAAUCUUGAGAAGAUCUACCAAAAUCUGAGAACCAAUGCCGCCAACUCUGGUAUGCCAAUUUUUUAGGUUUUAUUAUAAUUUACAAAUUACUGAAAAUAAUGUUUGUAAAAUUAAGUGAUCUGCAGCAAACCUUGUAAUCUGUGGCAUACCUUGAAAUCUGUAGCAAACCUUGUAAUCUGUAGCAUAGCUUUUAAUCUGUGGCAUACUUUGUAAUCUGUGGCAUACCUUGUAAUCUGUACCAUACUUAAUACUAAGAUUGGGUUUGUUUGUUAUAAAAUUGUGAAGGAUUAAAAGCAAGUUCACCCAAAAAACUUCUCCAUCAUGUUUCACACGUAACAUGGGUAAGACAUGCCACCUUCUGAAAUUUAGCUCACUCAUUACAGAGUUCAAGUUCUUAUAAUCUUGGUGCUUAGACACUGAAGGUUGGUCUUAAAGUCUUAGCAAAGCUAUGCAAUGAAUGGCAAGAUGUUUGUAUCUGUGCUUCAUUGGAAGGGCUGGGGGCUACACUGAUCAAUUUGAUCAGCUGUAUUUGUUUCAACUUGACUUUGUAAAUUUGUAUGAGUUUACAUUCCUCAACUCAAGCCAUACUCAACUACACUUUGAUGAUUGAAAUGUCAAUAAAACAUCAGUUACAAAAGUUGAUUUUUUUCCCUCUUCUUAUCAUUCAUCAUUUGCUUAGUAAACUUUAUAAAGUAUUUCCUUAUUAUAAUCUACAUAGUUUAGGAAACUUAAGAAAAAAAAAUGUUUUAACUUUUUAUCAUUUAAUUGAAAGCUGGCUUAAUUUCUGGGGAUAAAAUUUCAUCAUUAUCAUUUCAUUGACCCCAGGUAAACUUCACAAAAGGUCAAGAUCCGAAGACAACAUCAUCCAGAGCAGUGACAGUUUAACAGGAGUGACCGGAGAGGACCUUCUGAUGACUCCUCAGAUUAUUGCUCAGGCAAUGACCAAAGAUGACCCACACUAUUGCCCAGCAAACGCCAACCCCUUCGCCUCACUGAACAAAUUCAAGGAUGGCCGGAAAGUGCUUGAGUUCCCCAGGCAGCGCAAGUGCAGCAUCAGCACUAACGGGUUUGCUGCAUCACUGGGGAGAUAUGCCGACCAGAUGACAUCAUCUUUCAAUGGUGGUCAUAUUAGCGCAAAGCAAGAAAGCCAGUCACUGCCUUGCUCACCCAUCAUGCUUAGGAAGGCUGCGGAAAAGAUGCACCAGGCAUCACUCCAUGGCAGUGAUGUUGUGGAGAAAGAGCAUGAGAUCCGGUUCAGUGUCAGCAGCAACAACCAAGAAAUAGGGGACACAUCCAUGGCCGGCGACAGAAGAGCCAGGUUUGGCUGUAGCCGUACCAGGAGUCUGGGAAGCCUAGACUUCUGGAACCCCUUGAGCCUGAUAAGCCAGGGAAGGUUCCGACAGCAACUAGUCAGCCCCAGAUUUUGUGAGACCACGGGCUACUGCAACAGGGAGACUGCAAGGAUUCGUGAGUCCAGUAUCGAAGAUCAGCUGGAAUCAGGUGUGGGGGAAGGAUCAGAUGAACUGGAUGAGGACAGUAUCUACUCGGAUUGCAAUGUAAACCACAGCAUGGCCACAAAUUCUUUUCAGAGCCUCAGCAGCAUCCACGAUGAGACCAGCGGGGCUGCACUCUACGGAAGCUGCGAGGAGAGCUUCAGCUGCUGCAGUCUGUCUAGCUAUGUGAGCUGUGGUGAGACCCGAGAACUGGGUUUCGCCAGUGAAUCCGUGAUAGACAAUUUUGGAGAUAAGCACACCUUAAAUGAUACAGAUUUGAGCAAGCCGCUCAUUGCUAUAGAGAGUGGCAGCUAUGACCACAGCCAUUUCAGCAGUGAGAACCAAGAAAUCAGCUUCCUUAAUGAAAUCAAUAAAACAAGGGACAAAAAGAGCAUUAUCGUAACCAAAUUGUAAACUGGACUUCUCCCCUCCCCAGUUUUAAUACCCUUUUCUGCAUGUAAGCUCCAAAUAUGUCAGUAUUAUUCAAUGUUUUGUCAAACUGUAAAAAAAAUGCAUCUAGAACUGAAAGAAGGAAAUGAGUGAAAGUGACGCCACAAAGGAAGUAAUUUUUACUUUUUUAAAAAAAAUUUAAAAAUUGAUCAAAUUCAGAGAUUCAAAGCUUGAACAAUAAAAUUUAAUUUUUCUAGAAGAAUUAUUCACUUCAUGAACAGAAGUUAGAUGUGCAAUGAAGAAGCUUAAGAAGCAUGUAGUUGAAAGAUUUAUUCGUUUAUGAAAGUCAACUAUUACUUUACAACAAAAUUUGUAUGGAUGGAUCUUGAUUUAUUAUUUUUAGAUUCAGUAUGAAACAUAAUAGAAGGCUGGGAACAAAUUUAAUAAAUUUCCAUAACCUAUUACUGUCUCUAUAAUAGUAUUUGUAAAUCAUUUGGUGGAGCCAAAGGCUAAAUGGAAUUGAUAAGAAUUAUUUGAACUGAUUAAAAUGGUUAGUUUAGUUAUCACUUAUGAUUUCAAUAAGACAUUUCUUUUGCUAUUCCAUUUUUAUUAUUAUUUUUGCAUGAAGGAUAUUGUUUUGGUCCUAUCUUGCACAAGUCCAUUGAUGAUACAUAUCUAAUUAACUCAUUGCAUAGCAAUGAAACUCCUUUACUUGUCCCUGACGGGGAGGUUACUAUUUUCUACUCCCACAAAUAACAAAUGUAUACAAACCAAUAAUACAAGUCCCAAAUGACUGUGGCUUGUUUUUGUGAGUGUUAGUGACACACUUGAUAGAGUGUUUAGUGUUGCCAGCACAUAUAACUUGCUGAAUGUUUCUGCAUUUAUUUAUUUAAUCGCUAAGAAUUCAAUAUCUAUAGUUACAUUAUGAAUGCUGUGGUUUGUAUUCUGUGUUUGAAUAUCAGGCUUGAACACUGCUUUGAAAAUUGUUGUUUUCUUCUAGUGGCCACAGCACCCCAAACUAUAUAACAUGUGAUACUGCGGUAUAACUUUGUUCUAAUAUCCACUUUUGCACCCAAAGAACUUUAUCAGUAUUGUUAAUAAAGUCUUCAUGUAAACCACAUAUAUGAUUCUACUAGAGCUUAAAUAUGUACCAGAAUCUACCACAAUAAUAGUACAUUUUUAUUACAGUGUAUUUUGUUUUGUGCAAGGAUUAAGGAACUGUUUUACUAUCCACUUUUUAAAAUAUUUUUGUUUUCUUCUCCAAGCAUAUCAUCUAUUACAUCAUAUUUGUAUUUAUUUAUUUAUAAAGCAAUAACACUUGUGGCAUGCAAGUAGUCCAACUCGUAUGUGUAUAUGUGUAUAUAUAAUAUAUUUUUUCCACCAAUAUGUGUGUUUGAUUCACAUCUCAUGCUGGAUGCUUAUCAAGUAUUAUCUGAGGUGUAUUGUAAAUUUGAGAUUAAUUUAUUAGCAGCCCACAAGAAAAAAGGACACCACUGCAAGACAUCAACUGCUGCCAGCAAAAUGUUUUGGUAAUCAUUCCUUACAUGGAAACUGAGAUUAAAACAAAAAAUAAUGAAAGAGCCAGUAUUCUUUCAGAUUUGGUAACUAUAAGAUAUGCAUCCAACCCUAUAUUGCUUUAUAAAACCAACUGCAGUCAUAUAUCAGAUUAACCGCUUUGUUACUGUGUAAAUUAGAGCUCGUAAUUUACUGAAAUAAUGUUUUAAAAGUUUGCAUGAGAUCAGGCUUAACUUGUCCAUCAUUUUAUUCAUUUUCUCAAACAAGAGUAUAAACAAAUAUAUAAAUAUAUUUUUACAGCCCCCCCCCCCUCCCCCAACAUCAAGCUCUUAAAAGUAAUUUACUGAAAUAAUGUUUUAAAAGUUUGCAUGAAAUCAGGCUUAACUUGUCCAUCAUUUUAUUCAUUUUCUCAAACAAGAGUAUAAACAAAUAUAUAAAUAUAUUUUUACAGCCCCCCCCCCUCCCCCAACAUCAAGCUCUUAAAAACUCCCAGUAAAACUAAUGAACAUAUUUUCAAUUUUUCAAAACUCUUCUUAUUGUAAGAAAGUCAUAAAAAUACCACCAAAAAACCCUAUAAAAUCAGUAAAAAAAAAUUAGUUAAGUUUUGCAUUCAAUGUUUUCAAAAACAUUUUAUUACCUGCAAAAUGUUAUAUUUUGUGUGUGUUCAGUAAUGGCAAUAUUUAACUACACAGUAUUCAGCACAUAAAAUAAUGCCAAUGAAUAUUCUUCACAAAUCAUGAUUUUUUUUCCUCCCCAUACUCAUCAGCAUUUCAACAUUGUUCUGACUUUUACCCUUGUUCUGCAGUGAUAUUUUUUCUUGUGUAUAGCAAAUAAUUUAAAUACUUGAACUGUACAAAUUACAAAUAUUUAAUUUAAAUACUAGAGCUGUACAAAUUACAAAUAUAUGAAGAAUAAAUUAAUGGGUUGUACAUAUUACUUUAAAUAAAUUUAAAUAAAUAUAUAUACUAUUUAUACUUAAACAUAUUAAUUUAUUUAUUUACUGUUCAUAUCAAUAUUUCCUAAGUUGAUAAGUUGAAAAUUAUCAGUUCCCUUGGGAAGUCAUUGUACAGAUAAAAUUUGCUUUAUGAAUGUGAAUUGAUAAGUUUAAGGCAUAUUUAUAUUUACGCCUUUAAUACAGCGUGCCAAGUUCUCCAUAUGAAAAAAAGUUUUUGGCUACCAGGUUAUUUUUUUCCAAUGCUCCAGUUUCAACUUUAAAUAAAAAUGAGAUCCGAUAGAGAUUAAAGAAAUUGCAUUUCCCAAGGAUCAAGAAAAAUUAAAGCAGCAUUAAUAUUUAAAAAAAGAAUAGUUAAGUCGGUGUUUGCAUUUAUUGUUAAACUACAGGUUUAACGUGAAUUUAUUUAUUGAUUAUUAUUAUUUUUUUUAAACAUGAAAAAUUUUAACAUUAACAUUUAUAUUUGUGUUAUUCUUUCUCUCGUUCAAUAGUU